AUGCACCUCUUCGGUCGUCUUUCUCGAAAAUCAUCUAGCAGGCAGAUCCAUUCAUCCGUCGAGUCUCUCGGCAGCAUGUCCAGCAUCGAGGCCAGUAUCGAGGCGAUCGGCCCCGAGUACUAUCCCGUCCAGCCCAGAUUCCCGGCCCAGGACUCCUCUGCCGAAGAUGGACUUAAUCGAAAGGUCUUUGUUCGUCAGAAUAUCGACGAAUGGAGUGGGAAGAGAUCGAACAAGAGGCAAGUGGAUCUGUUCAUUAUGGCCAUGGAGAAAUUCCAGAAGCUUGAUCCGAAGGACAAGCUUUCUUAUUUUCAAAUUGCUGGUAUCCAUGGCCAACCGUUUGUUCGCUGGGAUGAUCCCGACCCCAUGCCGAUGAAAAACGGUUACUGUUUCCACGCACACAUUCUUUUCCCCAUCUGGCAUAGACCGUACGUACUUUUGUUUGAGCAAGUCGUGUACGACAUCAUGGUCCGGGAUGUGAUCCCACAGUUCCCCCAGGAGCAGCACGCGGACUGGCAGGAACUCGCUGACUCCUGGCGUCUCCCUUUCUGGGACUGGGCACGGAAUGGUCGAGUUCCAGAUCUGGCGAAAUACCCCACCAUCACAGUCCCCAGCCCUCAGGGAGGCAGGGUUCGAAUCGAUAAUCCCCUCUUUCAAUUCCGCAUGCCUACCGACAAGCCCAUGUCUAGCGAGGGAAUUGGCACUGAAAACACGUGGAGGGAUGAUGCGGAGCAGGAGGAAUACAAAAAUUUUGGCAACGCGAUUGGAACAAGUCGAUGGCCUGACGAAGAAGACCAAAAGCCCACGAGCGAGGGAUGGAGACAUGGUGUCGUCAACAACCGGAAGGUUGCCGACGCUUUCAACUCUCACAUGGGUUACAACGACAAGAACCACGGCCCUGCUGCUGAGAUGGUCUAUCGUCUGCUGACAAUUCGCAUGGACUACACAACAUUUGCCAGCACGAACCCUACCUCAAAAGAUCAAAAGGUCGACGAGGAUUUGAAUAUCGAAUACAUUCACAAUAACAUUCACGGUUGGACUGGAGAUGCAGGACACAUGGGAAAUGUACCCGUCGCUUCUUUCGACCCGUUGUUCUUUCUGCACCACUGCAACAUCGAUCGCAUCUUUGCCAUCUGGCAAGCUCUCAAUCCUGACAAGUUCCUCGACAGGAUUCCAGCAGACAAUGCGACGAUUCGCGACUCGCAUGGCAAGGAGCAUGCCGUCAACAAAGAUACUCCCCUCCAACCGUUUCGGAAGGAUGCACAAGGCAGCUACUGGACUCCAAGUGGAGUGCAGCACACAGUGAAUCUUGGAUACACAUACCCCGAGCUCCAGCCAUGGGACACCAAAUAUCUCAAAGAGGACAAAUCCUUUGACUACCCACUCUUCCAGGGAGACGUGAUGGCCCAGAUCACCAAGCUCUACGGAGUGUCACGCUCCCUUGCUUUGGAUCCCAAAGCUCCUAUCCCAGACGGCGUAGAACAGGUUGAUGGCGGACUACAGAUUACUGAUUUCGGUUUCAGCAUUCGAUUUUUGAAAUACGCAUUCGGCGGCCAGCCAUUCUGGGUGAAAUUAUAUCUCGCCCAGGACGAAGGAGUCCAAACACCAAUCAGCGACUUGAUCGCUGAAGUCUACAAUUUUAGCCAGAGACCCGAACUCGAUGGAGCGACGGUGUGCGGGAACUGCAAGAGUGGCCAGAAAAUCAAGGUCAAGUCGACUGCCUACAUUCCAAUUGCGCCUGUGCUGUACAAAUUAAUCAAGACUGGCAAGAAACUGAAAACUCUUACCCGUGAGGAAGUUUUGGCGUUCUUGCAGAAGCGGGCGUAUUGGAGGGUUAUAAAGCAUGGCAAAGAACUUCCAAGAUACGAGGUUGAAAAGCUGGAGCUCGAAAUUAUCGGCAGCAGCAAUGACACAAAAUUCUUCGAGAAUCCCGCUCUCCCACCAGCUUUCGAAAACUUCAAAGAAGAGCCAACUAUUAGCGGUGGUGCUGAUGGAGCCUUGGAUCCUGAACUGAAGCAACCUGUGGUUGUGCCACCGCCACCAAGACCCGUCCGACCAAAGGCAAAUCUCCCACUGCACGGUAGUCUCGUAUUCCCGAAGGCGCUCAAGCCAGACAGCGUGAUCCUCCUCGAAUCCUCCUCCGUGGAUCUGACCAAGCCAACUGUCAACAUCGACAUGACCCAGCUCUCCAUUACCGAUUCCGCCGGAAACACUGUCUUCCACAUCUCUAUCCGACGAGGCCAGGGCCAAAUCAUAUUCAACGCAAAGGUGGAUGGAUCCUGGGGUGAGGAGGAGCGGAUUAAUUUAGAUCAUCGCUUCCGAUCGGCCGAAGGCGCGACGAUUCUCAUCCACGACCAGGGCGAAGGUUACGAGGUCUGGAUUGACUGGGUGCACGCUUUAUGGUUUGCGAAGCGAGUCAAGGGUGCCGUGCCAAAGGCUAUAUUCUAUGAUCUUGGUGAUGAGAGUGGGACUCCGGUGCUGGAUGAUGAGGUUGAGGUUCGGACUUAUCCGUCUAUGAAGGCGCUUUUCUUGCAGAAGCAUGAGCAUGAGGAGGAGAAGACCGCAUAG